CUACUCCGUACUCCAGUACUUUCCCCCCCACUGUACCUAUUAGGUCCUAGUAGGUACCUACCUAAGUACUCUCUGUACACGAAGUCUCCACCUUCCUCUACGCCUCUUCGUAGGUACUAACUAGUACAUCUACUGGUUAUUGCUUCUGAUUCGACUUCAUUUAUUUUCUUUUUUUCAAUAUGGCAGAGUGGGUUCCCUUCACGAAAGAGCUCCAAACUUUGUUACUGGGGCUGUUCUCUGCAAGAAUCAGCCAAUUUACCUGGGCGCCACGAGAAAAACAUUCGAAAGCACGAACCAUGGAAUUCCAACCCAACUGUGAUUUUCGUUCCUCCAAAAAGGUUCCUCCUGGGCCCUGGCCAUGUGCUGAAUGUUGAUUGUUCCAAACUUUAUCUGGCACAAUGCCGAUUUUGAAGUCCAGAAUGUCCGGUCUAGGCCCGGAGUUCAGUCGAGGUUUUGCUCGAGAAACAUGGACGCUAUACGGGGUGGGAAUGCUCAGUGUUGCGCUGCGAUUCAUCGCUCGUAUCCGUCGUUUGGGUAUCCAGAACCUUCAGUCGGAUGAGUAUAUUAUGUUGUUCGCGGCUUUCUGGUAUACUAUCUUAUGCGUCGCUCUCAACAAAGUCGCCUCUGGCGGAGGGUCAAACUUGAUGACCCAAGAGGAUAUAAACAACCUUACCCCUACAAACAAGGAGGAACGAGUUCAGGGAAGUAAAUGGGUUUUUGUUUCUGAACACGCAUUCGUUCUUGCCGUUUGGUCGUUGAAAGUCUGUAUGCUGUUGAUCUAUGGUCGUAUCACGGAAGGAUUGAGUCAGAGGAAAUGGGUCAACUACCUCGCUGUCUAUGUCGCCGCUGGAUUUGUCGGAGUCGAACUUUCCCUAUUCCUGAUCUGUCGACCUUUGUCAAACUAUUGGGCCGUGCCUACCCCCAACUACCAAUGCUCCUCCUAUCAGUACUAUGAAAUUAUUCAGGGAUGCAUUUCAAUCUCCGCUGACAUCUUCAUGCUCCUCAUCGGUCUUCCACUCUUGUUGCAAGUCAAAGUUCCUCUCAAGCAGAAGCUGAUUCUUGUGGUCAUCUUCGGCAUGGGAAUUUUCGUUAUUGUGGCUGCCAUUCUGAAUAAAGUCUACUGCCUCGUUCCCUCCCUUAUUUCCUAUGUUUACAUGAACUGGUACUUCCGUGAAGCCACCGUGGCUAUUCUCGUCACCAACCUGCCGCUCAUCUGGUCGCUCCUUCGCGACGUGUUCCCUGCCCUUAAGAGUUGGACUGGAGGAUCCAAACGGGCAAAUGACCGGUAUCGAUCGGGUCCCUGGACCAGCAAAGCGUCCGGUUACCGAAACUACGGGCCCUCCAGUCAGCUCCGAUCUGGCGACUUCAACAUGCAAGACUUCAACCAAAGCACCGUGGUUACCCCUCAGAAGGGAGUAUCGGAUGUGAGUAUCCAGCAAAGCGACGAUCGCGAUGUUAGCGACGAUGGCUCUGAACGGGCCCUAAGGAUCCGACAAGAUGUUACGGUGACGGUGGAGAGCGAGUCCCGACCACCUAACUAUACCCAGCAAACCAACUUCCGCCAACCGCAGCUUUGAAAGAAACAUACUAGCGAGAAAAGAUCAUGAGCUGAAAAUGGCAUAAUAUUGUAUAUACUUAUAUAUAACUUCCUUCGAUUUCCCCCACCUUUUUCAUCGGUUGCUUUGUGUUCAUCAUCAUGUACAUUAGACUAUUCUGGAGAUUGGAGGUCUUUAAUAGC